AUGAGCUCGUUCAAGCAUGCCAUUGGCAUGUUGAAAGCGCUGCUGCUCCGGAUCCCACUGAUCCUCAAGACGCUCUUCCUGCACGGCGUUCACAUGUCACCCGUCAAGGGGAAGCAGGAUCUGCGCACUGAAUUGACCGUCGCGGUGAUCCGCUCGUUUAUCACAUUCAGCAAGCCGCUUACCAAGGCGCAAGAGGAUAGUAAGCGAGACCCUGGGAUCAAGGGUCCCAUGUGGGUGUCCAAGAUCACCCUUCCGGAGCCGGAGUUCGACGUGCGCGACGCGAUCCUCCGCGCAAUUGAAGAUCUCAACACCGGCCAUGGGACUUUUGAUGUCCCUGGCAUUGCUGCUGUUGAGGCUGAAUGGACUGGCUACCGCAGUGGCGUGGGAAAGCGCACUCCCCAACCUGACCUUUCGGAGGCCGAGAAGUACGCCAAGCUACGAAUGGAGUCGCCUUCUGACACGACGAUCCUAUAUUUCCACGGCGGUGCAUACUUCCUUAUGGAUCCAUGCACGCACCGCGUGCCUGUCGCACAUCUCUCUCGUCUGACUGGUGCUCCGGUCCUUUCAGUGCGGUACAGACUCGCGCCACAGAACCCAUUCCCUGCUGCACUUGUCGAUGCUCUGACUGCUUAUUUGUCACUCAUUCACCCGCCACCAGGCGCAUUGCACAAGGCCGUCCCAGCCAACAAGAUCAUCUUGGCAGGCGACUCUGCCGGUGGAAACUUAUCACUCGUCCUGCUCCAGGCGCUGCUGACUUUGCAGCGUGCAUCGCGAUCGAUCCGCUUCCAUGGCAAGGACGUUGAUGUUGAGCUGCCUGCGGGCGUGGCGACCAUUUCGCCCUGGUGCGAUAUCAGUCGAUCGAUGCCUUCCAUCAUUCGCAAUGCCAAAUUUGACUACAUCGACUUACCGACAGGGCCAUCCCUCGAUCCAGAGGAAAUCCCAUUCUCUCCGCUUCCUUUCCCUCCUGAUACACUAUGGCCCAUGUCUCCUCCACGCGUGGACAUGUACGCGAAUGCCAACAUGCUCCUCCAUCCCUUGGUCUCUCCACUGGCAGCCAGCGCAGACCUCUGGAAAGACGCACCGCCAGUGCUGAUCUCAACCGGAGAAGAGGGCCUUACCGACGAAGACCUAAUCCUAGCCCGUCGGAUGCAUCAGGCGGGUGUUCCUGUUAUCACGGAGCAGUUCGAGGGCAUGCCCCACUGCCACGGCCUUAUCAUGAUCUCGACACCGGCAGGGAAGCGGUUUUUCAAAGGUAUUACGGAGUUCUGCCGCGAUGCUGUGGCUGGCCGUGUCACACCGACCGGGUCUCUGACCUACCUCGGCUUCAAGAUGCAAUCAACUCGUAACAUUCUGCUUGAGAAGGCCUGUGAGACUACUGAUGAGGAGGCUGAUGCCCGUAUGCGAAGGAGCCUGGAGGCACGUUUGGCGGCCGAGAAGGAAAUGCAGAGGGCGUGGCGUGAGCGAGCACGACUUUGA